CCAAAUUGAUCGAUAUUACGUUUCAGUCGUAAAUUAGUUUCGUUAGUCAGUUGACGCUUCUACAGGAAUCUUAAAAAUGAAGCGGCUGCAUCUCCUUACGAUAGUUUUGUUAUUUUAUGGGAUUGUUUCGGUACAUUGUCAAGCCAUAAAUUAUUUCGGUGUUGGCUACUCGCCAUAUGUCAGGUCAGAUGGCUCCUAUUGGAACACUUACACGUUAGAGGAGAUCAGCCAAAUGUUGAGAAUUGUUCUAACGAACCACAACUCGAUUUCAUCUUACUCUAUGGGAGUUAGUGAAUGGAAUUACGGUGGACCUUGGGAUCAAGCAGACGGCAAUUGCUUAAUUGCUCGUGCUGCUGCCCAAAUAAAUAGAGACCAUCAAGCCGUGGUUCUGUCCCUGUCUCAGGGCAUUUAUCAAAAUGAAAAUCCUACAAUUCAACAAGUCGAAAUUAAUAACGCCUUUCUUGCCGCUGCAGAGGCAAAUCAAAUUAGACCAGGAACUGUUUGGGGCUUGACAUUUACCAAUGAGUACGUGGUAAAUUUGGCAACAGGUCAGAGAGUUCUCGGUAUGCUAAGAGGCAACAGAGACCGAGCACAUUCAAUGGGCCUACGCAUUGGAACACGAAUUCACAUUUGUGGCGAAAUAUGGAACGGACCCAAUCAACAGAUUUUAAGUGAAAUUGCACAGGCAUCGGAUUUCAUCAUGUGCAAUUUAUAUCCGGGCCCCAAUUCGGACGAUGCGAUUCGGGCAGUUCAAGGCAUAAGUGACGCGUACUACAGUGCUCGUGACGGAUUUUGGAGAUUCAAUCCGAAUCUGGAAGUGAUCAUUGGUGAAACUGGUUGGGCUAGUGAGGGGGAAACGUUUUUCAAUCCACCUCAUUUGAAUACCGUACAACAUAUGGGCAACUUUUGGAAUGCAAUGAGAAAUUGGGCUUUCGCAAAUCGUGUAAAAGUCCAAAUGUUCGCGGCAUUCGAUGAGCCGUGGAAACCGGGUCCUUCAGGAGAAAGACAUUUUGGAUGGUGGAGAAGAGCUCCGGAUAAUAGCCUAUAUUACAUAGAGAAGACCACCGGGAAUAUAUUUAGAUAAAGAAACACUAAAAUGUAAAACAGAAAAAUGAAGAGCAUUUAAUCUUUCA